CCGCAGAAGAUGUCGGCGGGGCGGCGGUGGCCGUGGUGGCCGUGGUGGCUGCUGCCGGCGCUGCUGUGGGGCGGCGCGGGGGGGUACGUGGUGGUCAGCUCGGUGUCGUGGCCGCUGCCCGAGGCGGGGGCGGCGGCGGACGAGCUGCACAGCUCCUCCACCGAGGAAGCGCUGCCCGCGCUGCUGGAGGAGGCGGGCGGCCUCUGGAAGCAGAGCUACCCGGCCUCAGCGUACCGGGAGGAUGCGGCGCUGGGCUCCGGGCCGGCGGCGCGGCGCCCGGGGCCGGGGGCCGCCCCCUCCAGGAUGUUCUCCUACCGGCGGGAGGGCGGCGGGGCGCCGGGACGCGCCGGGACCGCCCGCUUCCUCGCCCGCCACAACACCUGGGGCUUCGUGGCGACGCGGGCCGCCCGAGGAAAGAUCCAAGGUAUGCCCUAUGGGAACUGUUUACUUCUCAGCGAUGGUCCCAUCAAUAACAGCACUGGAAUCCCUUUCUUUUACGUAACACCGAAGGAUAACACUGUGACAGAUCUCCUGAAGAAUCCCAUGGCUUCUCUGACCCUGCCAGAAACAGAUGGAAAUUUCUGCAGAAAAAAUGUAAUUGAUCCAGAGGAUCUGAGGUGCGCCAGGCUGACUCUCAUGGGACAGAUGGUCAUGGUGCCUCCGGAGGAAGUGGAAUUUGCCAAGCAAGCAGUGUUUUCCAGGCACCCAGUGGUAAGAAAGUGGCCUCGUAGCUAUGAGUGGUUCUUCAUGAAAAUGAACAUUGAGCACAUCUGGCUUCAAAGCUGGUAUGGAGAAGGUUCUGCCAUUGCAGUAGAAGAGUAUUUAAAAGCGGUUCCAAGUAAAGGGUGAUUGAAUGUGCUUUGAGAUAGAAAUCUCCUGAAUUUCCUUUCCAAACACUUUUAAAAUUUCAUGCUGGAUGGUUACUUUACAGUGAUAUUUCUUUUCUUUUCCCAAAAGGCUUCAAAAUAGCCCUGUCUGACAUAGAGCAGAGUGAAAAUAAAUCAACACAGACUUUCAAAUUAUAAAGGAGUGGCGGAUACUAGCCCUACCCUGCAAUGUACAAACUUGUCAUUUCAAGCAGGCAACGCGUCAUCUUAAAUGCUGUUUAAAAAUGCUUCAUAUCUGUUUGUUUUGACUUCUAUUGCUGUGCACCCACAGGGAAACUACAGUAUGUGCUAAAUAUAAUAUUCUGAAAAAGCAAAUUGCCUACUCAGAACCAUCUAUGCAUUGUGGAGAUAUUACUGCUGUUUGGUCUCCUUUGAUUUGUACAUACUCUAAGAGAAACUGAAUAGCUGCAAAUUUAGGUAUUUAAGUUCUUAAAAAAUGUUAUGCUAAAGCUGUCCUCUUUUGCUAACUUGUAUUUUCUACGUGUGCUUUUCCCUAGUUAGAUAAUUUGAUAUUUCACUUGGAAAUUGAGUAGAACUUCUCCAUUUUAGUAGAAAAAAUGCAAACAGUUCAAAGAACGCAGCUCCAACAUAACUCGUUUCUCACUGACACAAAGCUGGUUAAACACAUUAAGGGCCAAAUCAAAUCAGCCCUACGAGGAUUAUCUCAAUACAAGUAUAAACACUGUCAUAAGAAGAAUUUAAGUAAAUGUUCCCAGCUAGCCUAUUCCUGUUGAGGCAGGAAAAGUAUUUUUAAUAGCCUGUAGUCCCAAUUUCUUUUGCCUCCCUUCUCCAGCUACUGCUUUAUUUUUAACUCGUUUGUGCAACUGAUUUUCUGUAAACCCUCACUAACUCACUGAGGGGUGGAGCAGUCCCUUAACUCUGUUUCCUUACCAAGAUUUAAAGGGCUUGUUCAUGCAUUUAUAUUUUUAAAGAAUUUAUUUUUUAAAAAAUAUAUUAGGUAUUUCAGGCCACAAAAAACUCAUUUUCCUAGUGUGGAAGGUGAAAACUUUGUUGCAACACAUUAUUAAUAGGCAUCUCAUGUGAUAAUACCAGAAGAGUUAAAAGGUAUUUUAAUCACCUUCAGCCCUUUCUCUAGAUGUCCUCCUGGAAAAUUUACUCUGCAGUUCCUAAGGAUAUCACAGAAAGUUCCCGUGGCUAACCAGCCAAGUCACUACACAGUUUGAAAAUGAUACAGCUGUUCUCCCUGUUACAUAUAAGAAAGAAAUACAUUGAGAUGGGGUAUCUGUGCCUGUGGGGAAGGUCUUCCAGCAUCCCUGGGAGUGCACCUGAGCUCUAGACAUCAGUCCACACCACAUCUGGGCUGGGGAGGAACUUGGGUGCCUGGGCGAGUGGCCCGAGCUUGUACAGGUUAAUCCCUGGGCAGAGCUCAGAGGCAGCUGUGUGAGCCAUGAUCAGCUGGAAGCCAAUUAAGUGUAGCUGAGCUUAUUUUGGUUCGGGCAGAGAGAGAGGGAGUCGUUCCCACAACAGUGCUGGGCACUAUGCUGGUUUAACUACCAGGGGCCACUUAGCCCUUGGGUAAGUUCAGGACUCCACACAUCACUAUCAUUCCUGAUAUUCUGUAAGAAUCAAAUGCAAAGGAGAGGGGAAAACAUUGUUUAGAUACUCACUAAGCUUUUUUUUUUCCCUUGUCUUAUUGCCAGAGACUCUGUUGGCAGUGCAGAUCUUUUGCAGAGGUAAUUACACAAAAGGAGGAAGCAUCCUGCCUCAAUCUAUUUCCUUCUUUUUUUUUUCUUGGCAGAUAAGUAGCAUUUUCCCAUUUGAGUUUGCCCCUGAAUCUUGCACUGUGUAGUACUGAAGCAAAAUGGCCCAUCCUAUACAAGUAUAGAAUAUCAUCAAGUGAAAUCCUCCUUGAUUCAUAUCAUUUUGCCACGGAGAUCUUUGUCCACUAUGGAUUUGAUAACUUUACCCAUUAGGAUUAAUGGGACUUCUAAAUCUGAGUUCAACAGGAAGAGUACUAAACCUUGUAAGGGAAUUUCUGCAGGUGUAACAUUUCCGUGAAACUAUAAUUACAUGUUUCAUUAUCCCAGUUCACUACUAUUUCCAGAGCCUGAAAUGCCUCUUCUGUGCCCCACCCCUAAACACAUACACACAAAUUCAGAGUAAAAAGUUAAUGUUUAAACAAGUUGAA